CACAGCCGCUCCAAAGGAGAGAGAGAGAAAAAACGCCCGGACUGCUCCAGCCUCCGAAAUGACUCAGUAACUUUUACGCCUCGAGUCUCAGCCCUGCAAUUAGCCGCUUUCCCAGCACGGCUCGGGAUGUAUUCGUCUCCUCUCUGCCUGACCCAGGAUGAGUUCCACCCCUUCAUCGAGGCGCUGCUCCCCCACGUCCGGGCCUUCGCCUACACCUGGUUCAACCUGCAGGCCCGCAAGCGCAAGUACUUCAAGAAGCAUGAGAAGAGGAUGACAAAGGAUGAGGAGAGGGCAGUGAAGGACGAGCUGCUGAGUGAGAAGCCAGAGGUGAAGCAGAAAUGGGCCUCGCGCCUCCUGGCCAAGCUGCGCAAGGACAUCCGGCCCGAGUGCCGCGAGGACUUUGUGCUCUCCAUCACGGGCAAGAAGCCUUCCUGCUGUGUCCUCUCCAACCCCGAUCAGAAGGGCAAGAUGCGCCGCAUUGACUGCCUGCGGCAGGCCGACAAGGUGUGGCGGCUGGACCUGGUCAUGGUCAUCCUCUUCAAAGGGAUCCCCCUGGAGAGCACUGACGGCGAGCGCCUGGUCAAGUCAGGCCAGUGCACUAACCCCAUCCUCUGCGUGCAGCCUCACCACAUCAGCGUCUCUGUCAAGGAGCUCGACCUCUACCUAGCUUACUUUGUCCGGGAGAGAGAUACAGAGCAGAGCAGCAGCCCUCGAACAGGCAUCAGCUCAGACCAGGAGGACAGCAAACCCAUCACACUGGAUUCAACAGACUUCCAGGAAAGCUUCGUCACCUCCGGGGUGUUCAGUGUCACUGAGCUCAUCCAGGUGUCCCGAACACCGGUGGUGACAGGCACGGGGCCAAACUUCUCCUUGGGGGAGCUGCAGGGCCACCUGGCCUAUGACCUGAACCCCUCCAGCACUGGCAUGAGGAGGACAUUGCCCAGCACCUCCUCCAGUGGGAGUAAACGGCACAAGUCGGGGUCCAUGGAGGAUGACAUUGACACCAGCCCAGGGGGCGAGUACUACACCUCCUCCAAUUCUCCCACCAGCAGCAGCCGCAACUGGACAGAAGACAUGGAAGGGGGCAUCUCCCCCACCGUGAAGAAGACUGAGAUGGACAAGUCUCCCUUCAACAGCCCCUCCCCCCAGGACUCCUCUCCCCGGCUGAGCAGUUUCACCCAGCACCACCGUCCUGUCAUCGCCGUGCACAGCGGUAUCACUCGAAGCCCUCACCCGUCGUCUGCUCUGCAUUUCCCCACCACCUCCAUCCUCCCCCAGACAGCUUCCACCUACUUCCCCCACACGGCCAUUCGGUACCCUCCUCAUCUCAACCCGCAGGACCCGCUGAAGGAUCUCGUCUCGCUGGCCUGCGACCCGUCCAACCAGCAGCCCGGACCGUUAAAUGGAAGUGGUCAAGUGAAAGUGCCCAGCCACUACCUGCCCACGCAGAUGCUGGCGCCGCCACCUCCCCCCGGCAUGCCCCGCUUGGCCGUCUCUCCUGACACCAAAUCCACCACGACAACUACCGAGGGAGGGACGACCUCACCGACAUCACCCACCUACUCUGCACCAGGCACGCCCCCUGCGAACCGUUCCUUCGUGGGAUUAGGACCAAGGGAUCCUGGGAGUAUCUAUCAGGCACAGUCCUGGUACCUGGGAUAACCGCCGCCGUGCCGCCCCUUCGCUUCCCUUCUCCUCUGCUUUAGGCACCCCCAGGGGAACAUCCCCGUCCUCGAGCACCAGGCCCAGCCUUGCGGUGACGACGGAGAGUGAAGACUCAUGAUGACGAUGAUGACACCAAGCUAAACCCACAGCCGAAGGAAUGAGCGAGGGAAAGGAAGAUAGAAAAGGGUCAAACUUUUUUAAAAAGGAAAAAAAAAUGCAAACAAAACAACAGCCCAUCCCAGGAGGACCUUCCCCCCACCCUGGUGACACACCAGAAAACAAAGCAGCAGGAAAAAGAAAAAGAAAAAGAAAAAGAAAAAGAAAAAGAAAAAGAAAAAGAAAAAGAAAAAGAAAAAGAAAAAGAAAAAGAAAAAACAGUUCUUUGCCCUGUCAGCUGGCGCCACGCCGAGACCUGACACAACUCGCGCCAGCGAUGCUCCCAGGAGUGGUAGCAGGGCUGUGGCGUCAGAGCCCUGCCAGCCACUCGCCGGAGGGUCAGAUAUGCAAACAGGUCUUAACCCUCAUUCUUUCCUCUAUGUGAGUAGAACAACCCCCUCCUGUCACCUCUCCUUGGCCCCAUGCAGACUCACGGGGGAGCCCUGGGGCUGGGGUGGGUGCAGCGGAGUCGGGGGGGGGGACACCUCUGCCACUGAUUCCCAAUUGACGUGGCCAUGUGUGCUCACCACUGGGGCAGUGGCAGGCACCAUGCUAUGAAGGCACCUUGGGGAUGGGCAGUGCCAUGCUGCGGUGGCACAGUGAGGUGGUAAUGAGGUGAUACAGUGACGUGAUGACAUGGUGAUGCAGUGAAUGGUGGCACAGUUCUGAGCUCGACUUGGCACAAGCAGAUGCAACACGAGGAGAGGGCUUGGGGCCACCAAGGGUGUGUGGGCACAGCUGGAGAUGGUGGCAGCUCAACCAAUUCCUGUGGGGACACAGCAUGGGUAUGCCCUCAUCAUGGUCCCAGCAGGAGCCAGGCUGCCACCGACAGGGAGGGGCACCAGCUGCCAUCUCUCCACAAUGCCCUCCUCGUCCCCCUGUAUGCAUCGCCUGGCCCUGUGUGUCUCCUUGUGUCCCCCUGCAUGUCCGUGGGGCCUGCAUCUGUGUGUCUGAGCUAUGCAUUCCUGUGGACAGUGGCGGGUGGCUGGGCAGCAGCGCGCUCGUGUUGCACAUUUUGUAGGAAAUGCACUUUUAAGAGGGAAUUGUCAUUAGAAAAAAGAAGAAAAGAAAAAAACACGAAAAAAGAGGCGAAGAAGAUGGAAGAGGAGGAAGAGCCCCUGGCACUGGCUUGUUGGGCCAGCUGAUUUGGUGGGUUUUGGUUUGGGGUGUUUGUUUUUUGUAAAACAAAAGGAUAGAGAAAAGGAGCCUGAGUCCAAGAGAGGGCAGAGCCAGACCCACGAAGCCCCCAGUCCGUGUCAAGUGCCUGAACUGUGUCGGGGAAGGGCCUCAGGACCCCUGGAGGAGCCUCUGGAUGGAGGAAGUGCCCAGUGUCCCACACGACGGCAGGAUGGGGACACAGGGACCUGGCAGUGCCUUAGAUCAGAGGGACCCGGACCCAUGCAGUGGCCAAGGCAAGGAGGAGGAGGAUGACGAAGGCACCCUAGCGUCUCCAAUGAGAUGGUAGCAGCCAUGAAGGAGGUCCUAGGUGUGCCCCCAAAGGUACCUAUGGAGCCCAUGCUGCAAGGGAACACCUCACGGCUCAUGACAGACAGCAGGCACCGUGGGAUGUCCUGGAGCAGUGAAUGUCACCAAGGCCAUUGCUGCCACUCACCUGGCCCCCAGAACUGUCCCGUGGACCAUCAACAUCACAGCCCCCAUCCCAGCAUCCCCCCCUCAACUUUCCACCCCUUUGGGAUGGCACAGCAAGACUGGAUCCUGCCCACCCACGGCUUGGCACCGGAGAAAGGGCUGACACAGAAUAUCCUGGGAGACAAAAAAAAGUAACCAAAAAGGUCAAGAAAAGAAGAAAACCCACCAAAAAAAAAAAAAAAAAGGAAAAAAAAAGAGAAAAAAAAAACCACCCACCAAAAAAGUGCUUGGCAGAGAGGGGAACCUGGGGUUUUUUUUUAAAGAUCUAAGAAAAGAAACACAUGGGGCAAAAAAAAAAAAAAAAAAAAAAAAAAAAAAGGACAAACUGCAUGGUGCUUUAACAGGAUCUGGUGACCUGGCUCUACCCAGCCGCCCAUGGCUGAUGCUGUGCAUGGCAGACUCUAUUAACCGGCUCUACCUUCCCCCCACUUUAGCAAAAGAGAUGGAAAAAAAAGAAAGAAAAAAAAAAGAAAAAGAAAAAACCCCACAGACAAAUCUGUAUUUAAAAAGCCGUCGGAAAAAAAAAAAAAAAAAAAAAAAAAAAAAAAAGAAGAAAAGAAAAAAAGAAAAAAAGAAAAAACUCCAUGUUUUCCUGAUUUGCACGACAUUUUAUACCACAUGAUGUGCCUUGCCUUCGAUGACUAAAGUAUUACCGGACCCGAUAUCAGCACGAGGGAGUCGCUGCAUGCCCGGGGCUCCCGGGGGCCCGGGGGAGCGGGGGCGGCUGCCCCCCCCUCGCCUCCUGCAUGGCUUCUUGGCCGGAAAAGUCCUUUUCUCUCUCUAGUAUGAGCUCGGUUUUUUGGUUGUUGGUUUGUUGGUUUUAUUUGUUUGGGUUUUUUUGUUGUUCAACCAAUUUUUCCCCUCGGAAAAGUCUUCCAGUUGGUAAUACUGAUGCAUCCUCUGCGCCAACACACCGGAAUAUGCAAUAGCCGCUCGGCUGCGCCGGCGAAGGGGGGUCCGGCGGGGGGGUCCGGCCACCCCGUGGCUUUACCUCUCUUUUUUUUUUUCCUUUUUCUUUCCCUUUUGGGAGUUGUUUUGGUUUUGGUGUUUGUUUGGUUUGUAUUUGGUUUGGUUUUUUAUGCUUAUGGCAACCAAAGGCAGUGAGACGGGAGGCAGUAGGGACACCCCUCCACCCCACCCCCCUUAAUACUGGGAGAACUCAGCCAUCCAGGCAUGGCAGGGUGGAGGAGGACACGGUCCGGGUACCCACGGGGCGGACCAGGGAUGGAGACUUCCAUGGCUAUGCCUUUACAGUGGUCACAGCAUCCCGCACACCCCUGGGGACGAUCCCCUCCCCCUCCCUCUUUUUAAUGGGUGGGGUGAAGGGCCGGGAGGGCUCACCCCAGCUGCUCCCGCGACAGGAAUGGACCCGUCUGAAUGUAUCUGUGCCCACCCCCGCCUACGCUGGUGUCAGGGGGGGUCGCAGCCCCCUCCCUCUCCAUCUCCAUCGGGUUCAUCUCCGGGGGUCCGGCUGGCGCAAGGAAUAAAGUCGCAAGAGGAGGAUCCCCUCUCGCCGACACUUUAUUUAUUCCGUGCUGUGCCAACCGCCAAAGCAGGUCAGAACACCCCCCAGAAAUCCAGAAUUUGCCUUAAAGCCCAAGCAUCCUGCCGGGCGGAGAGAGAGGUGACCCUCCCCAGCCUCCCGAGGGCUGAGGACUGCCGCGGGUCGUGACACCAAUGGGCGGGUGGCACCGUAUGUCGCUGCUGCUUUGUAGCGAAGAAGCGUCGUCACCAGCGUUUGAUUUUUAAUUCCUUUGGUGUCUAGAAGUCUCAGCUGGGAGGUUGUGCGGUGGAGGGGGUCGUGUCCCGUUGGAGUCUUGCCCACCGCUGUGGUUUGCUGAGGCUACCAGAGGGCAGGGAACAUCCUUGGGAGACUCUUGAUGCAUGGUGCAGUGUUGACUUCUGCAAGGACAAUGCAACGGCGGGAGCGGGAGGGGAGCGUCCAGUAUGGGGGAAAGAAAUUUUUAAAAUAGAAUUAUAAAAAAAAAAAAAAAAAAGUUUUAAGGAUAGAAAAGGAUCAGGUCGAAGCGGAAAAAGAAAAAAACCUCAACAUUGCAAAAGGCAUUUCUGAGCAGAGCAGAGUGACAGCCAGCCGAGGGGGAGCGGGGGGCACCCAAGGCCAACUCCCGGCGAUCGUGGGGCCCGGAGGGAGACGAGGGACGCUGGCGCCCCUCGGGCCUGGGCCUUCCACUCCCGAGGAAUCCUCGGUCCCGCGGUUGCAUCGAGCAGGGUCCCCCUCCCGCCCCCUCUUUUGCCGCCUUCGCCCUCGGAAUCCGCAGCGCGUCUGGCAGGGCUGCUACCGCAGCCUUCCCAAAACCCGCCCUCGGCAAGAAAAGCACCUUAAAAAUUUUUAAAACAAGGCAAAAAAAAUCACCAACUCAUCCCCCAGCCCAGAGUUCGGCAGCAGGGGGGGGUCGACCUGGGGGCUUCCCGUUCGGGGGGGUCACCCCCGGCGUCUUUGCACUGCUUCCCCCGACACUCAUCACCCCCGAGGCCGCAUCCCGCCGGCUCAGCCCAAAGGGAAUAUGCAAACUGCCCCCGAACCCCUCCCUGGGGGGCACCGGCUGUGCGGGGACGGGGGGGACGACCACUAAAGUUUUAUGCUCUUUUUUUUAAAUCGUUCUCCCUUAUUCUUUUAAUCCUCUCGCAGCCUCUGGGCUCAGUGGUCACAAUCGGGGUGGGCGCAAGGCGGAGGGAGACCCCAUCAGUGGGGAUGCCCUGGGGAGAACCCCUGGCAGGAUGGGGAUGGGGGUGGAGGGGAGGUCCUCUCGACAAUCGCCACGCCCGGGGCUCCCGCGGGGGUUUCAUGCACUACAGUCUCUCCUAGAGGUUUGGUUUUGUUUUGUUUUUUUUAGUUGGGUUCGUCGGCUGAAAAAUUAAUUAAAAAUAGUCCUUGUGACGUAAUAAUAAAUAAUAACCUGUACAUAUAUAUAUAUACAUCCACAUAUAUAUAUAUGGGGCUGCAGGGGCGGAGGUGGGCACACAGCUCCCUGCUGGCCAGCACACAAUUAAGGUACUUUAAAGUGCAAAGGAAUAUAUAUAUAUAUAUAUAUAUAUACUCCCCAUAUGUAUGUGUGUGUAUAUAUAUAUCUGUCUGUCUUGUUUGGUGGUGUUUUGUUUCUUUUUUUCCCUUCUUCUUUAUUACAUUGACUUUGGAAUUGCUGCUUUUCUGUCCCCCAGCCUCCUGCCGCUGGUUGGGGCGGGCAGCACUCGUGGGUGCCCCCCCAGCAGCAGUGUCCGUGAAUGCCUCGCGCGAUGCUCACGGGAAAGCGGGAGCAGAAAGGUGGGGGGAGGGGAGAAACCCACCCCCGGGCAAAGAGCGGCAAAAGGGGAGAAACUGCCCCAAAAAGGCGCUGAGGAGGCAGCCGGCAGGACCACGACUCACCCAUACCAAAAAUCCCGCCGCAGUGCCUCCGCGCCACCGGCUGCCCUCGGCCGCUUUUUGGGGGGUUUCCGCCGGCGGGGGGGGCGCCCCUCCCGCAGUUAUAUUUUACUAGUUAGCCGGAUUUUGCUUCUCGCUUGCCGCAGCCGUUACACACCCGCCGAGCGCACCAGGGCCGCGGGCCGGGGCCUGACCCUCCCCAACCCCUCCUCAGCCGUGCCCCAACCUCCCCAGUCCCAGCAUGCCCCCCCGCCCCCCUCCCUGGUGCUUCACGAUAUUGAUUAUACCCAUUGUACGCAGCCAUUACCGAUAGCGCCGCUCCUGCCUACAUACAGUUACUGACCCUGACUACGGAUUUGGGGUUCUGGGUUUGGGUUUUGUUUUGUGGGUUUUUUUGGGUUUGUUUUGUUUUUCUUUCGGGGGGGGAUUUGGGCCUUUUGGGAGGGAUGUUGGCUUGUUUGGGGUUUUUUUUUUCGUUUGUUUUGUUCCUUUUGGAGCUUUCUUUUGGUUGGGGUUUGUUUGGGCUUUGUGGGGUUUCUUUUCCCCCUUCCCUAUGAAAAAAAAAAAAAAAAAAAAAAAAAAAUAAAAGAAAAAAAAAUUAAAAACC